AUGACUUUAUUAACAUCUCUUCCUGAUUUCGAGAAAUUCGUAGAAAUCUUCACCGGCCUAUAUCGAGCAACAUUCGGUUUUCGUUUCGGUUUACUCAUUGUACCUGAUUCCGUAUUCCUCGUGCAUAUUCCUAAUUCCAAGAAUUGGGUUCUUGUUGAUGCUGCCGACCCAGGAAAUUCGCAAAAAGUAUUAUCCGCCAUCUCGGUGCAUUUCGCCUCGUUUCCCGGCCACAAUCUUAAAUAUAUCGCAAUAACCCACGGUCAUUUUGAUCACACUGGUGCAAUUCCAAGAUUAUUGGAAGAAUAUAAAGAUUUAAAGGUUAUUUUGAACCAAUUGGAACUUCCCUUCAUUGCGGACGGUAUAAAGUACCGUGAACUAAGUGGGGAUACAUGUCUAUAUCAAGUUUACAGACCAUUUCUCCAUGAAAGUAAAGUGAUUGUAAGCAGAGAUAGAAUUUUAGCCUUGGAAAAAGGGAAAGAAAAUGAAUUCGAAUUCUUCGAAACAUUAAAACCAAUUUGCACAUUUGGUCACACGCCUGGAUCAAUGUCAUACCUCCAUCGUCCAUCGAAUUCAAUUUUAGUCGGCGAUUGUAUAAUGAACAUCUCUUUCCUUCCGUGUCUUUCCCCUUCAAUUCAAUUACCACUUUUAGUUGCUACACAAAACAUGAAGAAUGCCAAAGGAUCCAUUAAGGAAGUUGCAGACAUGGAAGGUGUGGAUUACGUAUUUCCCGCUCACGAUAUGAGUAAAAAGGGCCUUGAUAUUGCAUCUGUAAGAUCAUUCGCCAAAUCCUUAAACCCAUGA